GGGGGGGGGGGAGAGAUUUAUUUCUCCAGUUGGUUCGGUGUACAUCACCCUAAAGAAAUAAGGUGAUUUGGGUGUUUUACAGAAUUCUGACCCAAAGAAAAAGGACCAAAAAGGCCGAACUAAAAAACAAAAAAGGCAACCCACACCAACAAUUAGAGGGGAAGAAAGGAAAGAGACAAACAAGUGGAUGCAGCAAAAUAAUCAAAGUCAACCGUUUCCCCCAGUCUUUUGCGUUCUCGUUAGUUUGGCGAUCUGCAGCUGAUCGCCCUCACAAUUGGUACAUACUAAUGGAACGGCGAGGGAAAUGCAAUAAUUUUGCUAUAAUGGGCUGUAACCUCGAUUCGACCCCAGCCCUGCAGCCCCUGGUCGGCGGGGUGAAGAUCUAGCUUGUCUCCAGAGGGUGGCGCAAGAGUCCGACUGAAAGCCGGGAGCCGGUGGCGGGCACGCGCCCGGGGCGCGCGCGCCGAGCCUCCAGCAUCCACCCAACUCCCCCAUUAGUGCACGAGUUUACCUCUAGAGGUCAUCAGGCAGGAUUUACGACUGGACAACAAAAGCACGUGAUUUGAAGUCGUACCCCAUAUUUGGGUGCCUACGUAGGAGGGAACCAAGUACAUGUCCCAGUCAUUUCCAUAAUUCAUCAUAAAUUGUGCAAGGGUGCUAUAGACGCACAAAACGACCAAGAGCCACAAAUCAAGCACACAUAUCAAAAAACAAAUGAGCUCUUAUUUUGUAAACUCAUUUUGCGGUCGCUAUCCAAAUGGCCCGGACUACCCGUUACAUAAUUAUGGAGAUCACAGUUCCGUGAGCGAGCAAUACAGGGAUUCAGCGAGCAUGCAUCCCAGCAGGUACGGCUAUGGCUACAAUGGCAUGGAUCUCAGCGUCGGGCGCUCAGCCUCCAGCCACUUUGGUGCCAAUGAGAGAGCCCGCAGUUACCCCGCCAGUGCCACCUCGGCGUCCACGGAGCCCAGGUAUAACCAACCUGCCACGUCGUCGCACUCGCCUCCACCUGACCCUCUGCCCUGCACCGCCGUGGCCGCUUCGCCUGUCAGCGAGAGUCAUCACGGGGUGAAAAACUCGCUAGCUAACUCCACGAGCACUUCGUCCAAUGCCAGCAGCACUCACAUAAGCAGAGAGGGGGUUGGCACCUCGUCUGGGACUGAGGAUGACACCCCAGCGAGCAGCGAGCAGGCGAGUGCCCAGAGCGAGCAAAGUCCAGCCCAGCCCGCCCAGCCCCAGAUUUACCCCUGGAUGAGGAAGCUGCACAUAAGUCAUGACAACAUAGGAGGACCAGAAGGCAAAAGGGCUCGGACUGCAUACACCCGCUACCAGACCCUGGAGCUGGAAAAGGAAUUCCACUUCAAUAGAUACCUGACCCGCAGAAGAAGGAUUGAAAUAGCACAUGCUCUUUGCCUCUCAGAGAGACAAAUUAAGAUCUGGUUCCAAAACCGGAGAAUGAAAUGGAAAAAAGAUAAUAAGCUUAAAAGUAUGAGUAUGGCCGCGGCGGGAGGGGCUUUUCGCCCCUAAUUAUCCGAGAGUUUAAAAGUACUGAGCAGUAUUAGUGGAACCUGCGCCUAGUGUCAGUACUAAAGGUGACUUUCUGAAACUUCCUCGUGUUACUUCUGUGAAGAAAUCCUGUCCUUGUCACCCCCCCGCACCCACCUUUUAAUCAUGAGCCUGUUUAUGAGCAUUAUUAUAUCGCCUGUUUAAGUGUAUAAGUAGAUCUGCUUUCUGUAUAUUUCUUUGUCCUGAAUGGCUUUGUCUUGAAAAAAAAAAUAGAUGUUUUAACUUAUUUAUAUAAAGCGAGCUGUGUUACUUGAAGUAACUGUAAAAAAGAGAAAAAAGAACAAAACAAAAAAAAAAAAAGAGAGAGAGAGAGAGACUCUCCUCCUUCGCCCCCCCCCCCCCAACCUUGUUUAGUGCCAAUGUCGUGUGUUGCACUCGAUCCGUCUCUUUAACUGUGCAUGUGCGUGGAAGUGUCCCUGUCUGAAUAGCUCCAAGCUGUUAAAAAUAUUUUUAUUCUAACUACCUAUAUUCCCUGUGUAACUAACUAAUGCUGUUGUAGAGAUGACUUGAUGAGAUACAAGUUAACUUCUUAUCAACGUGUAGUGAAUAGUGAAUCUGUGACGGCAAGUGUGACUCGAAGCAGUGUCUGUUUUGCUGUGCCUUUGUACAACUCUUUGCACGAACUCCUAAAAAAAAAAGUGGCUUCUUAUACGCGCAGCUUCAGUGGUGUCUGUUUUUGUGAACAAAGUUACAAAUAUAGUCCAAGUCUGGCUGUUUAAAGCAAACUGUGAUAAGCUCUUUUUUUUUUUUUUUUUUUUAUUUGUUUUUAAAGAAAAAAAACCUGACUGGAAACAAAAAAUAAACUUUCUAUUGUAAGUUCUCGUGAGCUGGUUUGUACCAAAUGGUGAGCUCGUCCUUUCUCUUUGCCUCUUUCCCCCCAGAUUCUGAGGCUCGGGGUCUACACCGAGUCCCAGGGUCAGCGGAAUACCUGGCCAGCGAGGGCCCGCUGGUGCAAAGGAGAUAGCUAGAGUGUAUCCGCCAGUGAGCUCUCUGCCACUGAAACUUUCUCCUAACUACCUCCUGAGAGAGAGGUAGAAAUCGCAGGACAGAAGAAAUCGCAGGACAGAAGUCCUCAUCACACUGCCUGCCUUUCAUUUACCAAAAUGUUUGCUAUUGGGGGGGGGGGGG